UUAGACCAAGGUCCAAAGCAUCAAUUGUCGCCAUCCCUUCAAAUUAGGGUUCUUCACGUGUUUGUUUUUAAGGAUUCUCCAUUUAUUCCUUUUUUUCUUCAUCCUAAUCGUCGAUCGAAACCCUAACAUUUGUAGAACUAGAUAACGAUGACGGGAAAAGCAAAGCCAAAGAAGCACACAGCGAAGGAAAUCGCUGCGAAGGUGGACGCAGCGACGACCAACAGAGGCGGUGGAAAGGCCGGAGUUGCUGAUCGCACCGGCCAGGUGAAAGGCGGUCAUGCUAAGUAUGAGUGCCCUCACUGCAAGAUUACCGCACCUGAUGUUAAAACGAUGCAGGUUCAUCAUGAUGCUAAGCACCCUAAGAUUCCCUUUGAUGAAUCUAAAAUCAGCAACCUCCAUGCCAUCCUUGCACCUGUUGCUGAUACAUCGAAACCUCGCCCUGGUGUUCGUGGCAGCCUCAAGAAGAAUGAAAAGAUGCCUGAGAAGUGAAGGGGGCAAAGGUAUCAACAAGAAAUGGUGGGGGUAUGAUUUUUUAAUCAGCUUUUUGUUUGUGUGUUAUAAUAUGCUUUGUGGUUAAACGCCAAUAAUCUGCAAUGAUUGUGUAUAUAUACAAAAAAUAUCAAAUAUAGAAGAGGUAUCAGACAAAUUGGUAUGAACAUAAAAGCCAAGAACAUGAAAUAUGAAAGCUUGUUUUGAUUA